CUUCAAACCGCAAUUGAACACCUCACUGUCGACCGUCUACAUACAGUCCUCUACAAAGCUCUUGGCGAAUCGCCAAAGGCUCGGUCAGUGUUUGAGAGGGAACUGUUGGUUCUACCGUCUCCCGAUCCUGAAGACGACAAGGAGGCGAUAGCAGCAAAGCAGAGGGCAGGAAGGAAAAGAUCACGCUUCGAGGUGUGUAGAUGGUGUAAAGGAGAGUUUGAUGUUACAGCGAACACCGACAACGCCUGUGAUCACUGUGAUCACCACGCGUGGAAACUAGAGCUCAACGAGCGUGCCCGACAAUACUAUGAUGGAUCGCAAAAUGGUACGCUGCCUAGGAGCGAGAAGCGAGAGAGGUACCUGAGUGGCUCCGCAUGGGAUUGCUGUCAGGCAGACAGCGAUGAUUAUGGCUGCAAAACCACUGCCCACGAAGCUGAUGAUGAUAAUGAUUACGACCCAAAAAGACGCAAG